AUGUCUUUGAAGUAUCACGACCCACCGGGAUUCGUUGAUGACCUCACAGAGGAGAACAAGAAAUUAUGGAGCCAACAAAUAUCUUCAUUCAUGCUCACUGAUCGUGUGACGCCUACUUUGGAGCCCCAGUUCUACGAUGCUACCAAGGUCAUGGAAAAGGAUCCCCAGAAUGACGCGAAGAUUACUUGGAUCGCGUUUCCCAAGCAGGUUAAGAUCGCCAACCCGGCUGACCACAAGAGGUGGAAGGUUGCCGACGCGGCCAGAGAUGUUCAGGACGAAUAUUGCGAAUGGUCCAUCAAGAGGGAUGACAAAGGGAAAAUGCUCAGAAUCGUAUUCUGCAACGAAGGCCCAGAGUACUACAAGUUCUUGGGGAAAUAUCAACCAGAUACGCUGGUGGAGCUUUAUCAGACUCUCAAUCCCGGAUUUGAUAUCAAGAAGGCAGAUCUCUUCGACCAACAAGGAGUAUACAACCCUCGCAACAAAUGGAACAACAACACCAAUACCGGAUCCAUCAUGCAUUUGAUUCAAGACGCGAAUACACUGGGUGCGGAAGCAUUUGGGGAUCCGAGCACUUUUGCUGAUGGGGCCCGGGCAACUGUGCUCCGCAAGCGAUUAGAUGGUACCCCUAUCACCGAUGCAGAUGAGCUAAUUCGUUGUAGUGGUUAUGGAAACCCCAACCGGAAUUCCGAUCCCCAUAUCGGUGCAGAAGUGAAUACGUUUGCGCGGUCUGGCGCGAUGGUCACUCUCAAGAACCCUGUUGGGUUAUACAUAGACAGCAUUAGCUGGGGUCAAAUAGAGGCUCCCGACGGUGAUGACCCAAGCAAAUGGUGGAAGUGGACUCGUGGCCGCGAGGGCACUUACAUGCGCGCCGAGUUCGAGGUUCCCUCGGACAAGCCCUAUGUACUGGGAGACCUUUUAGUCAAAGGAGUAGCCCUUGAAUUUGGCGGUCAACUAGCAGAUUUUAUCUCCAUCUCACUCACUGGACACGCGAGCGACAUGGACGGUCAAAACCAGAUCACCCCAAGGCUUUGCUCAGAACCAUCCUCCAAUCGAAAUGAUGCCAUCAGCCACAAGAAGAAUCUUCGAUAA